CACGUGCUCCCACCAGGGGUUCUGACCACCGGCCACGCGUCUUGACAUGCCGGAGAUGACGUCAUUCAUCCCCGUAGUUCCCGGAACUAAGCAAUGGGACCGGAAAUUAACCUUGUGGUGGUGGAGGGGGAAAGCAGACUGACCGGAAGUGGGCCCGGCGGGAGCAGACAGCCCCAGCGCCCGGGAGCCCUCCCGCCGCGCGGAGCGCGCGGGAGGCCGGGCUGGGCCGCUGUAGGGGCGGGGCCUGAAGGUGGGAGGGCGGAGACCCGGGACCCCCACCGGACCCCGCAAGUCCCGGCGCUGCCGGCGGCGCGGCCAUGAAGCUGAAGCUGAAGAACGUGUUUCUCGCUUACUUCCUGGUGUCGAUCGCCGGCCUCCUCUACGCACUGGUGCAGCUCGGCCAGCCAUGUGACUGCCUCCCUCCCCUGCGGGCAGCGGCUGAGCAGCUUCGGCAGAAGGAUCUGAAGAUUUCCCAGCUGCAAGCGGAUCUCCGACGCCCACCUCCUGCCCCUGCCCAGCCCCCUGAACCCGAGGCCCUGCCUACUAUCUAUGUUGUCACCCCCACCUAUGCCAGGCUGGUGCAGAAAGCGGAGCUGGUGCGCCUGUCCCAGACACUGAGUCUGGUGCCCCGGCUGCACUGGCUGCUGGUGGAGGAUGCUGAGGGCCCCACCCCGCUGGUCUCGGGGCUGCUAGCUGCCUCCGGCCUCCUUUUCACACACCUGGCAGUCCUCACCCCCAAGGCCCAGCGGCUUCGGGAGGGUGAGCCAGGCUGGGUUCGGCCCCGUGGUGUAGAGCAGCGGAACAAGGCCCUGGACUGGCUCCGGGGUGGUGGGGGUGCUGUAGGUGGGGAGAAGGACCCACCGCCACCAGGGACCCGGGGAGUCGUGUACUUUGCUGACGAUGACAACACUUAUAGCAGGGAGCUCUUUGAGGAGAUGCGCUGGACCCGUGGUGUCUCAGUGUGGCCCGUGGGGCUGGUAGGCGGCCUGAGAUUCGAGGGCCCGCGGGUACAGGAUGGCCGGGUUGUGGGCUUCCACACAGCGUGGGAACCCAACAGGCCUUUCCCCAUGGAUAUGGCAGGAUUUGCUGUCGCCCUGCCCUUGCUGUUGGCCAAGCCUAAUGCCCAGUUUGAUGGUACUGCUCCCCGGGGCCACCUGGAGAGCAGUCUCCUGAGCCACCUCGUGGAUCCCAAGGACCUGGAGCCACGGGCUGCCAACUGCACUCGGGUGCUGGUGUGGCACACACGGACAGAGAAGCCCAAGAUGAAGCAGGAGGAGCAGCUGCAGCGGCAGGGCCGGGGCUCUGACCCAGCCAUGGAGGUGUGACAGCGGCCACCGCACCCUGACUACCACCUCAUCGCAGGCACAGACCUUGUGGGACUGGGCGCCUGGCCUGCCCAGGAUGUGGUUUUCCAAGUCCUGACCCCUCUGAGCCCGGCGGCCCCUCUGCCCCUCCAGCCCCAGGGCGUGGCCCAGCUGCUUCUCCUCUCCCCCAGCCUGCCACGUGGUGCUGCCCACAGGCUGGGGACAAGUGGCCCUUGUAUUGAGCCAGGUCAGCCCUGUGGGGCAGAGCAGAAGGACAGAUGGACUCAAGAGGGAGGGCAGCUGAGUAACUGGGUAACUUAUCGGGGCUGGGCAUGCACUGGGGGGCUGGAGGAGCUGGGCUGGACCCUCCCACCUCAGCAUGCUGACCCCCCUCCUACCUCUGGAAUAAAGAAUCUCAAUCUGGA